GCGCACUUGUUCUCCAUCAUUCCUAAAAGCAAAACCCUCAAAAAUACAGAACCUAACAAAAACGCAAUCGCACUCUACAAAAAUUCCUACCUCCGAUUCUCACCUUCACAUCACAGAUUCCAUUCUUCUCUUCUUCUGCUUCUCCCAAGUUCCAACUGAUUACUGCACUAUAUGCUUCCAAGAAAGAGACCUAGCGAAGGAGAGGUUGUAGAAGAAGGGACUGAAAACAAUAACAACAGCAGCAACAACAGCGGAAGCAACAGCGGCGGCGGCGUUGUAGGUGGUGGUGCUGCUGCGGCCUCAUUUCACAAGAAGUGCCGGAUCGGGAGCCUAACUGCCUGCUCGCCCUCUGGUGCUGCCGAGGAUUCGGCGGUGAACAACACUGACCGGAGCAGAGACGACAAGAACAGCGGCAGCAGCAACAACAGCAUAAGCGUCGAAGGAGGACCGUCAGAUAUGGCUUUGGGAGAUUCCAACCCGCCGGAGAUCGAUGAGGAUCUCCAUAGCCGUCAGCUUGCGGUGUACGGACGCGAGACCAUGAGGAAGCUCGUUGGUUCCAAUGUCCUUGUUUCAGGGAUGCAGGGUCUUGGCGUUGAGAUCGCGAAGAAUCUCAUUCUUGCUGGUGUCAAAUCCGUGACUUUGCAUGAUGAAGGGAAUGUGGAGUUAUGGGAUUUGUCCAGUAAUUUUGUGUUUUCUGAGAAUGAUAUUGGCAAGAACAGGGCAGAGGCUUCUGUUGCUAAGCUGCAGGAACUCAACAAUGCUGUCCUUGUUCGAACCUUGACAACUACGUUGACGAGAGAACAACUUUCUGAUUUCCAGGCGGUUGUUUUCACUGAAACCAGUCUUGAGAAAGCUGUUGAGUUCAAUGAUUACUGCCACAACCAUCAGCCUGCCAUUGCUUUUAUUAAAACUGAAGUUAGAGGCCUCUUUGGAUCUGUGUUUUGUGAUUUUGGGCCCGAGUUCACUGUUACUGAUGUUGAUGGAAAUGAUCCCCAUACUGGUAUAAUUGCAUCCAUCAGUAAUGACAACCCAGCUCUGGUAUCUUGUGUUGAUGAUGAGAGGCUCGAGUUUCAGGAUGGAGAUUUGGUUGUAUUUUCUGAAGUUCAUGGUAUGACAGAGUUGAAUGAUGGAAAACCAAGGAAGAUUAAAAAUGCUAGAGCAUAUUCAUUUACUCUUGAAGAAGACACCACAAAAUAUGGUACAUAUGAGAAAGGUGGUAUUGUCACACAGGUCAAACAACCAAAGGUGUUGAACUUUAAACCACUAAGGGAAGCACUUCGUGAUCCUGGUGAUUUUCUUCUGAGUGACUUUUCCAAGUUUGAUCGCCCGCCGCUCCUGCAUUUGGCAUUCCAGGCCUUGGAUAAGUUUGUCUCUGAUGUAGGUCGCUUUCCUGUUGCUGGUUCAGAGGAUGAUGCUCAGAAACUUGUAUCUAUUGCUAGUGAUAUUAAUGGUAGCUUAGGUGAUGGACGGUUGAACGAUGUGAAUCCAAAACUUCUGCGGCAAUUUGCCUUUGGUGCUAGGGCAGUGUUGAACCCAAUGGCUGCAAUGUUUGGUGGAAUUGUGGGACAAGAGGUUGUGAAGGCAUGCUCUGGAAAAUUUCAUCCACUUUAUCAGUUUUUCUACUUCGACUCAGUCGAAUCACUUCCUACAGAACCACUGGAUCCCAAUGAUUUUAGACCAAUAAACAGUCGUUAUGAUGCCCAGAUUUCAGUAUUUGGACAAAAGUUACAGAAGAAGUUAGAGGAUGCUAAAGUGUUUGUUGUUGGAUCUGGUGCAUUGGGAUGUGAAUUUUUGAAAAAUCUUGCCCUUAUGGGAGUUUCUUGUGGAAGUCAAGGAAAGCUGACAGUUACUGAUGAUGAUGUCAUAGAGAAGAGUAACCUAAGCAGGCAGUUCCUCUUCCGUGAUUGGAAUAUUGGCCAGGCUAAGUCUACAGUUGCUGCUUCAGCUGCUGCAUCAAUAAAUCCAUCUCUGAAUAUUGAAGCUCUACAAAAUCGAGUUGGUCCUGAAACUGAAAAUGUGUUCCAUGAUGCAUUUUGGGAGAAUUUGAGUGUUGUGAUUAAUGCAUUAGACAACGUGAAUGCUAGAUUGUAUGUCGAUCAGAGGUGCUUGUAUUUCCAGAAGCCUCUUCUCGAGUCUGGAACUCUUGGAGCCAAAUGCAAUACACAGAUGGUCAUUCCCCACCUAACAGAAAACUAUGGCGCUUCAAGAGAUCCGCCCGAGAAACAGGCACCAAUGUGUACUGUACACUCAUUUCCACACAACAUUGAUCACUGCUUGACAUGGGCUCGAUCAGAAUUUGAGGGUUUGCUUGAGAAAACACCUGCUGAGGUAAAUGCAUAUUUGUCUAAUCCAAGUGAAUAUACCAAUGCAAUGAGGAGUGCUGGUGAUGCUCAAGCAAGGGACAACUUGGAGCGUGUUCUUGAGUGCUUGGACAAAGAGAAGUGUGACACUUUUGAAGAUUGUAUUACUUGGGCCAGACUAAAGUUUGAAGAUUAUUUUGCUAACCGAGUGAAGCAGUUAAUUUAUACUUUCCCUGAAGAUGCUUCAACCAGUACUGGAGCUCCUUUCUGGUCUGCACCUAAACGAUUCCCUCAUCCACUUCAGUUCUCAUCCUCUGAUAUUGGUCAUCUUCAGUUUGUAAUGGCAGCUUCCAUACUUAGAGCAGAAACAUUUGGUAUACCAAUCCCAGACUGGGUGAAGAACCCUAAAAAAUUGGCUGAAGCUGUUGAUAGCGUGAUAGUACCUGACUUCCAGCCCAAGAAAGAUGCAAAAAUAGUGACAGACGAGAAGGCCACUACUCUUUCCACUGCUUCUAUAGAUGAUGCAGCUGUUAUCAAUGAUCUAAUCACCAAGCUAGAAAGGUGCCGGGCAAAUCUAUCAUCAGAGUUCAGGAUGAGGCCAAUUCAGUUUGAAAAGGAUGAUGAUACAAACUACCAUAUGGACAUGAUUGCUGGCCUAGCAAACAUGAGGGCACGGAAUUACAGCAUUCCUGAGGUUGACAAACUUAAGGCAAAGUUUAUUGCUGGCCGAAUCAUUCCAGCAAUUGCAACCUCAACUGCCAUGGCCACUGGUCUUGUGUGCCUGGAGCUGUACAAAGUCUUGGAUGGAGGACACAAAGUUGAGGACUACCGAAACACAUUUGCCAACUUAGCUCUCCCCCUCUUUUCCAUGGCUGAACCAGUUCCUCCAAAGGUCAUCAAGCAUCAAGAUAUGAGUUGGACAGUUUGGGACAGGUGGAUAUUGAAAGACAAUCCUACUCUCAGAGAGCUCCUUGACUGGCUGAAGGCAAAAGGCUUGAAUGCUUAUAGCAUUUCGUGUGGUAGCUGUCUGCUCUAUAAUAGCAUGUUCCCUAGGCACAAAGAUCGAAUGGACAAGAGAAUGGUGGAUCUCGCAGAGGAAGUGGCCAAGGUGGAGAUCCCUUCAUACCGUCGUCACUUGGACGUUGUCGUGGCCUGCGAGGAUGACGAUGAUAAUGACAUUGACAUCCCUCAGAUAUCUAUUUAUUUCCGUUAGGCUCUUUUCAUCCAUCAGGUGUCUCAGACUUGACUUCGGUUAGAAGCGAGAAAAAAGGACAGAAUGCUUGACUCUGCUGUUCCAUAUUCAUAAUGGCUACAUGCAUGUUGACAUUGUUCUCCAUAGAACAGUUCAUAUAUGAAUUGAUAAGGAACGAACUUUCUUUGUACGUCAUUUUGUUUGGUGUUUCUUGAUUUUUUGUGCCUUUGUUUCUUGAGAUGGUGAUAUGAUGGCAUGCCAUGACUUUAUCUUGUGCAA